AUGAAUUCAGUUCGAUCUUUGCGAUCCUUGGGUGCUAUUUAUAGGUGGGUUCAUGACAUUUUCAGGAAUGCUCUUCCAAUUACAAGCUAUCGCUAUUCUUCUUCAGCUAGAAACACUUUUAUCAAUUUCGUUCCUCAACAAGAAGCAUGGGUGGUAGAGCGUAUGGGAAAAUUCUACAAAAUCCUUGAUCCUGGUCUCAACAUCUUAAUACCGUUUUUGGAUAGGAUAAAAUUUGUUCAAAAUCUCCGUGAAAUUGCCAUUGAAAUUCCACAACAAGGAGCUAUCACACUGGACAACGUUCAACUACAGUUAGAUGGUGUGCUGUAUUUGAGAGUUUUCAACCCUUAUCGUGCUUCUUAUGGCGUAGAUGAUCCAGAGUUCGCUGUUACUCAAUUAGCGCAGACAACUAUGAGGUCAGAGGUCGGAAAAAUUAGUUUGGAUACCGUAUUCAAAGAACGAGAGCAACUUAAUGAGAGCAUAGUCGAUGCUAUCAAUAAGGCAGCCGAGCCGUGGGGCAUUAAGUGCAUGCGAUAUGAAAUCAGGGAUAUGCACAUGCCCGAAAAGAUCCAAGAGGCCAUGCAAAUGCAGGUAGAAGCCGAGCGCAAAAAACGAGCAGCCAUUCUGGAAUCGGAAGGACAUCGAGAGUCAGCCAUAAAUAAGGCCGAAGGAGAGAAAAGAGCUGCAAUUUUGGCUUCCGAAGCCAGGGAAGCGGAACAGGUACUCAUAUUCCGAGACAUUAUUGUUUAUGAGCAGUGCUUGUUUAUUAUGUAA